UCCAAUUCAUCGGUCGCACGUCGAACUUCGCGCGACACGCAGUGGUGGGGCCUGGCGAAACAUUCGUCUUCUCCUGGAAAAAGAGAGAGAAAAAAAGUUGCAAGGAGUUCCGUCUUCUGCUACCUGCGAGUGACGAUGGUAGAUCGUCGUUGAAGCAAUGACGACGUCUCGGCAUUCCCCGCUGUCGUGCAACCGUAGCCUCGUCGUCGCGGUUCUGCUGCUGUGCCACGUAUCGUGGCACGCGUCGCGCUGCGAGGAGACGGUUAACCUCAAAAGCGACAAUGUCACCGACAUUAAGAGCACGUUCGCGGUGACGGACGGCCCGGCCGUGUCGAACGUCACUUCGCUCCCGGAAUCAUCCAGCACGCGGGCGGCGAAUAUCAGCGCGACGACGAGCACCGUUCCGCGUAACAGCUCGAACGUUAGCCCGACUUCGACCACCCUGAAACCACCAGCACCGUCCGCGAGUACAGCGCGUCCCGAGAAUGUCGCAAGCGAGCAGACGACCGAGAAGAUCACCGGCACGUCGCCGAGCCCGGUCGGCGACAGAAACAUCACCGGCGCGCCGGACGUCCCGGCAGUGUCGCCGCAGACCCCGGACGCCAGCAAUACGACCAACACGAGCACCACCACCGUCGCCCCGGCCGAGCCGGUUCUACCCGACAAAGGCUCCGCGGAGGAGGAACACAACAGCUCGAUGUCGAUAUUCUUCGUACUGUGCGUGCUCGCGCUGGGUAUACUGCUGAUACACCUGAUGCUGCACAUGAACUUCCAGUACCUACCCGAGUCGGUGGUGAUAGUCGUCCUGGGCGCUCUGAUCGGCAUGAUCAUAAACCUCAUGUCGCAUCAGAACAUAGCGAAUUGGCGGAAGGAGGAGGCCUUCUCGCCGACCGCCUUCUUCCUCGUCCUCCUACCGCCCAUCAUAUUCGAGUCGGGCUACAAUCUGCACAAGGGGAACUUCUUCCAGAACAUCGGCAGUAUCAUGGUAUUCGCCAUAUUCGGCACAGCGAUCUCGGCGUUCGUCAUCGGCGCCGGGAUCUACCUGCUCGGCCUGGCUCAAGUGGCGUACAAGCUCAGCUUCGUCGAGAGCUUUGCGUUCGGGUCCCUGAUAUCGGCGGUGGACCCGGUCGCCACCGUGGCGAUUUUUCACGCGUUGGACGUCGACCCGGUUCUCAACAUGCUCGUCUUCGGGGAGUCGAUUCUGAACGACGCCAUCUCCAUCGUACUGACGACCUCCGUCCUGGAGUCGAACAACGCCACGACCACCAGCGAGGCGAUCAUACUCGGCUUGAAUCGAUUUUGCCUGAUGUUCUUCGCGUCGGCGGGAAUCGGCGUGGUCUUCGCGCUGAUAAGCGCGCUUCUGCUGAAGCACGUCGACCUCAGGAAGAAUCCGUCCUUGGAGUUCGGCAUUAUGUUGGUGUUCACGUACGCCCCGUACGUUCUGGCGGAAGGCAUACAGCUGUCAGGAAUCAUGGCGAUCUUGUUCAACGGAAUAGUCAUGUCGCACUAUACGCAUUUCAACUUGUCGACGGUCACGCAGAUCACGAUGCAGCAAACGAUGCGAACGUUGGCCUUCAUAGCUGAGACCUGUGUCUUCGCUUACUUGGGACUGGCGAUAUUUAGCUUCAGACACAGGGUCGAACCAGCGUUGGUCGUUUGGUCCUUAAUCUUGUGCCUGAUCGGAAGAGCCGCGAACAUCUUCCCGCUGGCGUUACUCGUUAAUCGCUUCCGCGAGCACCAGAUCACCAGGAAAAUGAUGUUUAUCAUGUGGUUCAGCGGUUUGCGCGGCGCGAUAUCGUACGCGUUAUCGCUCCACUUAAACUUCAGUGACGAAACACGCCACGUUAUUAUAACGACGACCCUCAUCAUCGUAUUGUUCACGACCUUGAUAUUCGGCGGCUCCACCAUGCCCCUGUUGAAGUUCCUGAGAGCCGAAAAGAAGCAGAAAAGCAGCAGGAGGAAGAAGAAGGAUAAGGAAGUUUCAUUGAGCAAAACCAGAGAAUGGGGACAAACUAUAGAUUCGGAACACUUGUCGGAACUAACGGAGGAAGAGAUGGAGGUGUCCUUCCUGCAGUCGCGGAUUCGCGGCUUCGCCAGGUGGGAUCUGAAGUUCUUCAUUCCGUUCUUCACGAGGCGUUUCACGCAGCAGGAGCUGAAGGAUUGCAAGUCACAGAUGACGGAUCUGACGAAUCAGUGGUACCAGGCCAUCAGGAUCAGUCCGAUGGACUCGGACGACGAAGCAACCACGGCGUCCACCGCGCAGCUAAAUCUCAACGUCUGCGGGUCAGCCAGGGAGCAAACGAACGGCAAGGAGAAGACCGGUCGUCCCAGUCACGGGUCUAUAAACUGAGGAGGAUUCGUCCGACUAAAGACCAACUUGCCCCCAUUAGUAUUACGGAUUACGUUUACCGUGCUGUUAAUGUAAUCCGUGUAAUUUUCCUUUAAUUACACAGUACACACAUUUGGUGAGCGGACGGAGGAGAUUAUUUAAUAUGAUCUGGUACUUUCUCAUAUUGGUAUUAGACAUAUGUACAGAUAGACAAAUUUCUACUUAAUCUUGUUACGUAUACAAAGUGCACGAUUCACUGUAACGAUUGCCUCGAGGCUUCUUCAAUGGUCGUGCUUGCGCUGUCGAGUUAUCGGGAAUUAUUCAUAAUAUUCACCAAGCAUCAUCGUGGGAAUCAUUACGAUGAAUACCCUGUAUAUUAUUUUUUAUCAUAUGAAAGGGUGAUAUUAAGUGCAAACAACGAAAUUUGUUACGGUAACACAAUGAUGAUAAAACACACAAUAUUGUAUUUGAAUUUAGUAUUUAAACGACCAUGUAAUAUAAUAAUUAUUAUUUAUGUAAGUGAUAAGAUUCAGGCGAGCUCUACGAGUUACCAAUAGUAUUUAGCAAAUUGAUGUGAAUGCUUUAUAUCUUAAUUUUUUAACGACGCAGAUAAUAGAUUGAGGUUCAACAUUUAAUUAUUGAACUUGUUACUUCUCUUAUACAAGAUUGUUUAAUUGCACUAACGUCGCAAAAAGGAUUGCCUUUUUACGUUAUUGCAAUGCCAUUGGAACAAUAUUUAAUUAUAUAUUUAAUUUGUAUCGUCUCUUAUCGUCAGUAUGUUUUAUCUGUAUAUAUAAGUGACUUUGAAAAUAAUACAAACAAUUAAGAUCGAACGAACAAUCAGCAGAGUGUGAAAAUAGACGCCAAAACGAUCUGAUUUUAAACUAUUUAAUUACCUGCGAUGACUUUGUUGCGAAAAGGAAACGUCUCAUUUGUUGUCGGACACUCGUAUAAGCCUGUGUUUCCAUAUCAUAUCGUUCUUGGGAGGAUGUAUGACUGCGUUAUCACGUUUCCUUGGGACCGAGCGUUUAACCCGUACCCGUAUAAUUUUCACAGUUAGACAUAUAUCAGCCCACGAAAAAUAUUUACGAGCACUGUGUAUGGUCACUGUAAUCGAGCGGUGUGUAUAACAGGUAUGGCAUUCGGCAGACAAUAUAUAAGAAUUGUACGACGAAUACCACAAAGUACACACACACACACACACACACAUAUAAUCCCACUUUUCAUUCAAUAUUAUCUCCAAAUAUAUCUGAAAGAAACAUAAAAAAAAGUAUACUGUAUGUUACACUUUGUAUGACCGCAGCUCGGUAAUCAUCCAGGGACAAUAAAGGUGAUACACAAAUUUGUGAUAUACAGAAUAAAAAGCACAUUACGAUUCUCGUAAUUGAUUCCAGUUCUGCCACUCUCCUUCCUCGGAGUGUAGAUGAAGCGUAUGCGACGAAUGAAAGGAAAGAAGAAUACUGUGAUUGGUUUAUUUUGUUGCGAAUUUAUUUCUUAUAUUAUAUAUAUAUAUAAUAUAUAUAUUAUAUAUAUAUAUAUAUAUUAUAUAUAUCGAUCUCGGGAGGUGGGUACAUGGUUGUCCUGUGUAUGCGUGUGUGUAUGUGUGUGUUUAUUACUUUACUUAUUUUUUUUGCGGCACGGCACAUAACGGAGGCAGCGUCUAAACAUCAAAUCCAUUUAUUCGUUCGGUUCGUUAACGCUAUUUUAUGUUCUAGAGCAUUGUUAACGCCUUGCAUGGUCGUACAUCGAGCGACUGGAGCACAAGAGACGUUAAUGUAUGAUACAUCAGCGGUUACAUUGUUCGGUGUUCUUGAGUCUUCCUUCCAACGGCGUCGUGUCUCAUACAGGUAUUUCGUAUGCGCGACUUUGUACGAUAUACAUCCGGGCAAAUGAAUGAAUGAAUUAACGCCCCGGGGGGAGAAAAAACGAUUGUACAUGAAUUUUGUCCCUACGUGUCCCUGUAUAAUCAUAUACGUCUCGCGUCUACGAAAUGCUGUCGAAUACAAUUUAAUAUAAUUAAAGUAAACGCUUACGUUUAUGGCCGCCCCCGAUGUAAACAACUGAAUCAUUAUUUCUUCCGUUUUUCAUUCAACAGUAUUUUUAUUUCGUGUGGAUAUAUAUAAUUAUAUAUUAUGAGCCAUAUAGUAGCGAUAUAGAGAUAAAAUUAAUAUACAAAUCGCGUAUAUAUAUAAUUAUAUAUAAUUUUGUAUGAUUAUACACAAACAUUUUCCCGGGGCAUCUCGGAAUUUAUGGGGGAGGUUGGGGGGGGAGGAAGAUCUCAAAUAUGAAAAAUUAACAGAUUCUGGGACUGUGAGCGACUCGCUACAAAAUUGGCGAAUAUAUUAGAACUAUUGAACUCCUUCGCGCAACGAUUUCUAUAUACAUUAAGGAGCUUGAGAAGCUUGGUUAUAUAGACGUGAUCCGCGUGCAAUCGCAGGAGAUCCUGUUAUCCGGUUUCUCUGACGAUCUCCGACGCGCGAGUACGUAGAAUCCCUUCACGAUUACUUGGAAAUCUCUGUAAUACGUAUUUUGUUUUUCUCCCCAUGCUCGCAUAUUCUAUAUUUUUCCUGAGUGAUCAGACGAUUCGUCUUCUAUUUGCGUAAAAUGAGUAUAAUCAUACUAACUAAUUCCGAUUCACCGGAAAACUCAUCCUUACGUGCGUUACGCUUUGUACGGACACGCUAGAAACGAAAUUUCGUGCGCUUUUAUCAUUCCAUAAUGGAAGGCUCGGCAAAUCAAUUCUUCAAGAUAAUGGGGUUCAAAGAGAGUCAAUUUCCGCCUUAUUCGGCAGAACGUUUAUUUCACAACUGUUGAAAGCUUUUCGUGCUGAGAUUGAAUUAGUUUUCUAAACAUAGAACAGCUGUUACAACUUAAAAUAUACCUAGAUUGACUGAAAUGCUAAACAUAGUGUGCAAACAUUUAAUGCAUGCUUUUACAAUAGACUACAACAUGUUUAAAAUAUGCUUGUUUUAAGAAAUAUUCAUUUAUUACACCAUAACUUCAAUCAAAGUAUUGACUUCUUAUUACUACAAUAAUUCCGAAUUAAUUGUCCUCUCUUUCGGGCAAAGUAAACGGCAAUAUUUAUGAUAGAAUAUCGCUGCAAUUUUCACGGCGUCAGUUGAUCUUUUAUAUACCGACGAAAUGCUUGUACGAGGACGCAUCUUAACGUAAUAAUUAAUUAUGCUAGUCACCAUUGCAGACAAUAUACCGAAAUAUGUCUAUCUGGGUACACUUUUGUUUCAAUAAGCUUGUCUUUUAUAUGAUAUGCGCUGAAGCGGAUCUAAACUUGGGACCAAAAGGACGCGACUAUUGAUAUUAUUAAAUAUUUAUUGCGAAAUACAAUUGGCCCAGAUAGACAAAAAUGCUGAAUGUAGUAUGCAACACAUUUAAUGUAUGCUUUAUGAUGCAACAGCACAACAUUCUUGAAACAUGCUUGUUUUUAUUACCACCAUAAUUUUCAUCCAAGUAUUGACUUCUUAUUGCUACAAUAAUUCCAGAUUAAUCGCGCUCUCUUCCGGGCGAGAUAAGCAGCGAUAUUUGUCGCAUCAGAGUAUCGCCGGGAUUCCACGUCAUCAGACGAUCUCUCAUAUACCGACCAAAAUGCUUGUUGCACGAGGACGCAUCUUAACGUACUUAUGCUAGUUAUGAUGCAGACAAUACGUACCGAAAUAUGUCUAUCUGUGGGCUCUUAUUUGCCUGUAUUCUCUACUCGAUUACAGAUCACGAGAGCCUUGAUACUCCUUAUUAAGAGCCGUAACAGUUUCAACAGUUGCGAAACAAACGUUGUUCUGCCGGACGCGGUCAGUGCCUACGACGACCGAGAAUUUCACUUCCUCGCGCGGGAGAUGAGUUCGCGUCGUACCAAAAACUCCUUACCGGUCUCGUAACUUCCAAGUUCGCGUGCGAGUCGCGUUUUCCCAAUCGAAAUUGCGAGCAACGAUAACGGUCCAGUCGCGCUUGCCCUUCGCGUUUCCCUCCUCGUCUCUUUCACGGAGAAAGUAAAUUAUUUGUUGAUACAGUGACAGCAAAAUAAAUGUAUCCGGACAGCGGAAUGAUUUGUUAAGAGUAUUCAUUGCUAUUUGUUAUGGAUAUAGCAAAAUAAUCUGGUUAUGCCAGCUAAAUUUGAUUAUUGUCGCAACGACCUUUUGCUACGACGGCUAAAUUAUUUUUUCCGUGUAACAAAUUUCUUUGUUAUCACUAUUAACAAUUUGCUGUUCUAGCAAAAUUUGUGUUCUCUCUCUCUCUCUCUCUCUACUUUGUCGCGACACUUCGAAGUUACAAUUGCGGGAAAGAGCGGAUAUUCCGAACCUCGCGGAGGUCCACCGAGGUGAUUCCCGGUCGAUCACGAUCACGGUCCGGUCGUUUCGUCGUGGUUCACCGGGGAAGAUUUCGCGACGACACACGUGUGUACGCCGGGCGCGUACGAUGCCUCCUCCUCCCGGCUUCCCGUUUUCGCAUACCAACGUACACGCGACUCGUGCGUGGCGCGAUCAGGCGGCUAAGUCGAUCGAGCGGACUUGAUCUCUCCAGUCCUCUCGCGAUUCGAUCGCCGGCCGACGAUGCUGUGUGUGUGUGUAUGUGUGUGUGUGUACGUGUGUAUGUACGUGUAUGCAUGUGACAAAGGGCAUAUUUUUAUCGCGCUAAUCUGGGAUAUUGUCUAAGAGCGCAGCGAAACGCUCGCCGCUUCUUUCCCUGUCCCGAUGCUCCAGUCGUUUUUCUCGCACACGUCAUCCGGGCUAAGUUCGAACGAUCACUCGCAUGUUUCCCGUUUCGGCUCGGUGAAUUUCUAAAAAUGAUCGUCACGUAUCGGGCGCCUACAUACGCCUCCUCUAUCGACAUAGUUACACUCUUAUUAAACGCGUUCCUCGCCAGCCGGCGGGUCCUCGGACUACUCGCCGGCGAGCGAGCGAGCGAGCGAUCGGCUAAGCAUGCAAAGUUUUUUUAAUGACUCUCUCUCUCUCUCUUUUCUAACGCUACGACCAAUACGACUAUGUACCAAUCAGUGAGAUGAUGAUGAUGAUGAUAA